AUGGCGUCAAUUAGUUUGGUGAGUUCUCUGCUCACUGCCGCGAAAGCUGGGGCGCAAACGGUUGGGUCUAUGGAUGAUGGUGAUGAUGAUGAGGGAAAUGUUGAUGAUGAUGGUGAUAAGGAGCGUAACUUCUGGAAGCGACCUGAUCGAUUGGGAAACAGGCUUUUUUGUCAACUCAACAGGGGCUAUAAAAGGACUAGUCUUGAUAUGGUGAAGGACAGGGCUAAUUACGUGAUGAUUGUGGUGCUUUCUAGUGGAACGAAUCAUCGAAGGAAUCAGAUCUUUGGUGCUGUUAUGAUUGCAAGAAUCCAUCACGGGCCUUUUCUUGUUCUCCCCAUUUUGCAAGUGAAUGUUAUCUGGGGUGAUGAAAUUGAAAGUGAAUUUUCUGACAUAUGUGAUUUGGAGCAUUUCAAGGAAGUCCUAGUGAAUGAUGUUAGAAUGCUGUUAUCGCUUCCGUCUACACAUGCUAUGACUAAGCGAGUGGAAGAGAAAAUGACUAGACUUUAUGCAACUCCGCCAUGGAUUACAUCAUGGUUUCAUAGAAAGGUGGCUUUUCAUGGUUUAAGGUUUCCUCUGCCAAUUUUAGACCUUGGGAACAAACUGACUAAGUGGAUGAGGUGUGCGGGAUCAAUUCAUCUGCUGAUGGGGAAGGAUGUAUGGGUCAGGUCUGGGAGUCGUCCUGGAUUAAGUCAUGAAUAUGAUGAUGAGAUGAUCAGAAAUAACAAGCAAAGGCCAGAGCUAUUAACUUCAAGAUCAAACAUGGCAUACCAUGAAAGGAAGCUUUUCUGUCUGGCAGUCCUGAAUGCUUUGGAGAUUAAAAGAUUGCUUGAAGCUCUUGGCGCCCAUAUCAGGUUGCUUAAAGCUCUUGGAGCAGCAGAAAGUGCAAGAAUCUUCUGGGCUAGAGGGAAUACACUGCAAGAGAACAAAUAUCUCGCCUUUCCAGGAGAGCUGGAGCCCUUUCAAAGGAAAGCUUCUUUAAUGGCUGCAAUUGGUUACUUAGUAUCUGCGAAUAGUGACAUAUUCAAUCAAUCUCAUGGAGGAAACAUGGGCCACACGAUUCAGAUAAGCAGCAGAUCAACAUACCUUAAUACUGCUGAAGAAAUUGAUCUGCUCAACGGCCAUGAUGUUCAUAUUCAUUCUCCCGUAAUUGCUGUGCCCAAGGAUGGACCUUCUCGUGUAGUUGAGCUCCCUGGCACCGAUGGUGAGACCAACACCCAGGGUCUUAAUGAUCUUGCCAAGCGCUGCCAGCAAAACUAUGCUGCUAAUGCCAGAUUUUCGAGUGGCAUGUUGUCAAGACUAGAGCCAAUGAACCAUCCCAGGAGACUAUUCAUGAGAAUUCCAGUGGAUUGGACUGAUAUGCUAUCAUCCGCCAGCAGAAUGGUUUGGUGCCAAUUGUUGAGCCAGAGAUCUUUGCACCAUGCCUCUUGCUGUCCCUUCUGUGGUGUUCUUUUCUGGUGCCCAAAGUGA